GCUCACUCAGACGCUGCCCGUCCCGUUGGGGCUGCCAGCCCCACUCCCAGCCGGGCCGGGCACCAUGCAGGAGAGCCAGACCAAGAGCAUGUUCGUGUCCCGGGCCCUGGAGAAGAUCCUGUCGGACAAGGAGGUGAAGCGGCCUCAGCACUCGCAGCUGCGCAGGGCCUGCCAAGUGGCGCUCGAUGAAAUUAAAGCGGAAAUAGAAAAGCAGAGGCUUGGUGCUGCUGCCCCACCAAAGGCAAAUUUCAUUGAAGCUGAUCAGUAUUUUCUUCCAUUCGAGCUCGCUUGCCAGUCCAAGUCUCCUCGUGUGGUUAGCACCUCUCUCGACUGCUUACAGAAACUCAUUGCUUAUGGGCACAUCACCGGUAAUGCCCCCGACAGUGGAGCCCCAGGAAAACGGUUAAUCGACAGGAUCGUCGAAACUGUGUGCAAUUGUUUCCAGGGCCCACAGACGGAUGAAGGUGUUCAAUUACAAAUAAUUAAGGCUCUUUUGACGGCAGUGACAUCACCGCACAUCGAGAUUCACGAGGGCACAAUCCUGCAGACAGUGAGAACAUGUUACAAUAUCUAUUUAGCUAGCAAAAAUCUCAUCAAUCAAACCACUGCCAAGGCUACCCUCACCCAGAUGCUGAAUGUCAUAUUUACCCGCAUGGAGAACCAAGUGUUGCAGGAGACCAGAGAAUUGGAAAAACCAGUCCAGUCCAAACCUCAGUCCCCAGUGGCCCAUACUGCAGCACUGUCCCCCAAGUUCAGUCAUUUGAAGCAGAGCCAGGCUCCCAGCAAACCAUCCACUCCUGAAAAGAUCGAUUUGACCAAUGGGGAACAUGCCCAAAGUGGUUCUGAACACUUGAACUCAGAGAAUGGAGACACCUCCACACAAAGGGGCCCAUCGCUACCAGAAAUGAAUGAUGGAGCCCAGGAAGUGGUGAAAGAGAUCUUAGAAGAUGUGGUCACAUCUGCCAUUAAAGAAGCUGCACAGAAGCACAGUCUCUCAGACCCCGGAAGGGGCGCCGGCGAAUUGGAGCAGGAGUGUGCUGUUCCCCCAGGAAUCGAUGAGAACUCCCAGACCAAUGGCAUAGCGGAUGACAGGCAGUCCUUGUCAUCAGCUGAUAAUCUGGAAUCAGAUGCACAAGGACAUCCCGUGGCCACCAGGUUCUCUCACAUCCUGCAGAAAGAUGCCUUCCUUGUGUUUCGCUCCCUUUGCAAGCUGUCUAUGAAACCCCUUGGUGAAGGUCCCCCUGAUCCAAAGUCCCACGAGCUGCGUUCCAAGGUGGUGUCCUUACAGCUGCUCCUCUCUGUGCUACAGAAUGCUGGCCCUGUUUUCAGGACUCAUGAGAUGUUCAUCAAUGCAAUUAAGCAAUAUCUCUGUGUGGCGCUGUCUAAGAAUGGCGUCUCCUCUGUGCCUGAUGUCUUUGAGCUCUCUCUUGCCAUUUUUCUUACUCUUCUUUCAAACUUCAAGAUGCAUCUCAAAAUGCAGAUAGAGGUGUUUUUCAAAGAGAUUUUUCUGAACAUUUUGGAAACAUCAACGAGUUCUUUUGAACACAGGUGGAUGGUCAUUCAGACUCUAACCAGGAUCUGCGCAGAUGCCCAGUGUGUUGUGGAUAUUUACGUCAACUAUGACUGUGAUCUUAAUGCUGCUAACAUUUUCGAGCGACUAGUAAAUGACUUAUCCAAAAUCGCUCAGGGAAGAAGUGGACAUGAACUGGGAAUGACACCCCUGCAGGAGCUCAGUCUGAGGAAGAAAGGCCUUGAAUGCCUCGUGUCCAUCCUCAAGUGCAUGGUGGAAUGGAGCAAAGACCUGUAUGUGAAUCCCAACCACCAGACAAGCCUCGGUCAAGAGAGGCCCCUGGAUCAUGAAAUGGGGGAUGGGAAAGGCCUCGACUUGGCAAGACGAAGCAGUGUCACAUCCAUGGAGUCCACUGUGUCCCUGGGGACCCAAACCACCGUCCAGGAUGACCCAGAGCAGUUUGAAGUUAUCAAGCAACAGAAGGAAAUCAUUGAACAUGGCAUUGAACUGUUCAACAAGAAACCCAAUAGGGGGAUCCAGUUUCUCCAGGAGCAGGGUAUGCUGGGUACCUCAGUGGAAGACAUGGCACAAUUCCUGCACCAGGAGGAGCGCCUCGAUUCUACCCAAGUAGGUGAAUUUCUGGGAGAGAGUGCACGGUUCAAUAAGGAGGUAAUGUAUGCUUACGUGGACCAACUGGACUUCUGUGAAAAAGAAUUUGUCUCUGCCUUGAGGACAUUUCUAGAAGGUUUCCGCCUACCUGGGGAAGCCCAGAAAAUUGAUCGGCUAAUGGAGAAAUUUGCUGCAAGAUACAUAGAGUGUAACCAGGGGCAAACCCUGUUUGCAAGUGCUGACACGGCAUAUGUUCUUGCAUACUCAAUCAUUAUGCUAACUACAGACUUGCAUAGCCCUCAGGUAAAAAACAAAAUGACAAAAGAACAAUAUAUUAAAAUGAAUCGGGGUAUCAAUGAUAGUAAAGAUCUUCCAGAAGAAUAUCUCUCCAGCAUCUAUGAAGAGAUAGAAGGCAAGAAAAUCGCAAUGAAAGAAACGAAAGAACAUACAAUUGCAACCAAGUCUACUAAGCAGAAUGUAGCUAGUGAAAAGCAGCGGAGGCUUCUGUACAAUUUGGAGAUGGAGCAAAUGGCUAAAACAGCCAAAGCCCUAAUGGAGGCUGUGAGCCAUGCCAAAGCCCCAUUCACGAGUGCCACACACUUGGACCACGUCCGGCCAAUGUUCAAAUUGGUAUGGACACCGCUGUUGGCAGCCUACAGCAUUGGACUACAGAACUGUGAUGACACUGAUGUGGCCUCCUUGUGCUUAGAAGGCAUUCGCUGUGCAAUCCGGAUUGCCUGCAUCUUUGGAAUGCAGCUGGAACGAGAUGCCUAUGUUCAAGCUCUGGCUCGCUUCUCCCUGUUGACAGCCAGCUCUAGCAUCACAGAAAUGAAGCAGAAGAACAUUGACACCAUAAAGACCCUUAUCACCGUGGCUCACACUGAUGGCAACUACCUUGGAAAUUCCUGGCAUGAGAUCUUGAAAUGUAUCAGCCAACUGGAACUCGCUCAGCUGAUAGGAACAGGCGUGAAGACCCGCUAUCUCUCUGGGUCUGGACGUGAACGAGAAGGGAGCCUGAAGGGCCACACAUUAGUAGGAGAUGAGUUCAUGGGCCUCGGCCUUGGUAAUUUGGUGAGUGGCGGAGUGGAUAAAAGACAGAUGGCCAGUUUCCAGGAGUCAGUUGGGGAGACCAGCUCUCAGAGUGUGGUUGUAGCUGUGGACAGGAUUUUUACUGGAUCCACCAGACUGGAUGGAAAUGCAAUAGUUGACUUUGUCCGCUGGCUGUGUGCUGUGUCUAUGGACGAGCUGGCUUCGCCACAUCAUCCCCGCAUGUUCAGCCUGCAGAAGAUUGUGGAGAUCUCCUACUAUAACAUGAAUCGUAUCCGACUCCAGUGGUCACGAAUUUGGCAUGUGAUAGGAGAUCACUUCAAUAAGGUUGGCUGUAACCCCAAUGAAGAUGUGGCCAUCUUCGCUGUUGACUCAUUAAGGCAACUCUCUAUGAAGUUUCUUGAGAAGGGAGAAUUAGCCAACUUCCGUUUCCAGAAAGAUUUUCUGAGACCCUUUGAGCAUAUUAUGAAGAAAAACAGAUCUCCAACCAUUCGGGACAUGGUGAUUCGUUGCAUCGCCCAGAUGGUGAAUUCCCAGGCUGCCAACAUCCGCUCUGGCUGGAAGAACAUCUUUGCCGUAUUCCACCAGGCAGCCUCAGACCAUGAUGGCAACAUUGUGGAGCUGGCCUUCCAGACCACAGGGCACAUUGUCACAUCUAUUUUCCAGCAUCAUUUCCCCGCCGCCAUCGACUCCUUUCAGGAUGCUGUGAAGUGCUUAUCAGAGUUUGCCUGCAAUGCUGCUUUCCCAGACACCAGCAUGGAAGCCAUCCGUCUCAUCCGCUUCUGCGGGAAGUACGUCUCUGAGAGGCCUCGGGUGCUACAAGAAUACACCAGUGAUGACAUGAAUGUGGCUCCUGGUGACAGGGUCUGGGUCCGAGGCUGGUUCCCCAUCCUCUUCGAACUUUCCUGCAUCAUUAACAGAUGCAAGCUUGACGUGCGGACAAGAGGACUCACAGUCAUGUUUGAGAUCAUGAAGAGCUACGGCCACACUUUUGAGAAGCACUGGUGGCAGGACCUAUUUCGGAUCGUCUUCAGGAUUUAUGAUAAUAUGAAACUUCCUGAGCAGCAGUCAGAGAAAUCCGAAUGGAUGACAACAACUUGCAAUCAUGCCCUUUAUGCGAUCUGUGAUGUGUUCACCCAAUUUUAUGAAGCUCUGAAUGAAGUGCUUCUUUCUGAUGUAUUUGCACAGUUACAGUGGUGUGUGAAACAAGAUAAUGAGCAGUUGGCUCGAUCAGGUACAAAUUGCUUAGAAAAUUUAGUCAUAUCCAACGGAGAGAAAUUUAGUCCUGAUGUCUGGGAUGAAACGUGCAAUUGUAUGUUGGAUAUUUUCAAAACAACCAUCCCACAUGUUUUGCUGACAUGGAGACCUGCAGGAAUAGAGGAAGAUUCAUCAGAGAAGCAUUUGGAUGUGGAUUUGGAUCGCCAGUCUUUAAGCAGCAUGGACAGAAAUGCCUCAGAGAGAGGCCAGAGUCAGCUCUCCAACCCCACAGAUGAAAGCUGGAAGGGCAGACCACAUGCAAAUCAAAAACUGUUUGCCAGCCUCCUCAUCAAGUGUGUGGUCCAGUUGGAAUUGAUACAGGCCAUUGACAACAUCGUGUUCUACCCAGCCACGAGCAAAAAAGAAGAUGCAGAACACAUGGUUGCUGCCCAGCAAGAUACCCUGGAUGCAGAUAUUCACAUAGAGACUGAGGAUCAAGGCAUGUACAAGUGCAUGUCUUCUCAGCACCUAUUCAAGCUCUUGGACUGCUUGCAAGAAUCCCACUCAUUCUCAAAGGCCUUCAACUCUAAUUAUGAGCAGCGAACUGUCCUGUGGCGAGCAGGUUUUAAGGGCAAGUCUAAGCCCAAUCUUCUAAAGCAAGAAACCAGCAGUUUGGCCUGUUGUUUGAGGAUCCUGUUUCGAAUGUAUGUAGAUGAAAAUCGAAGGGAUGCCUGGGAAGAAAUACAACAUCGACUUUUGACUGUGUGCAGUGAGGCUCUGGCCUACUUCAUCACAGUGAAUUCAGAGAGCCAUCGGGAGGCUUGGACAAGUCUUCUGCUGUUACUCCUCACAAAAACCCUCAAAAUAAAUGACGAAAAGUUCAAAGCACAUGCUUCAACAUACUACCCCUACUUGUGCGAAAUUAUGCAAUUUGACCUGAUUCCUGAGCUCCGAGCCAUUCUGCGCAAGUUUUUUCUGCGAAUAGGCAUUGUAUAUAAGAUAUGGAUUCCAGAGGAGUCAUCCCAUAUCCCAGGAACACUCUUGCCGGUGUGGUAGCCCUGGGUCCUGUAGACAACUGCUGUGCAAGGUUGGCCAGGCCACCUCUGCCUGGUAUGGCUUAUCAAGGAAGGUCUGAUGACAGAAACUAGGAGUCAAGCAUCUGGGGCUGAAAACAGCCUCUGCUCUGAUUGCAUCUGAGCCCUGACUUAAAGCACUGUGGUGUCAUGAAACUGUCGCACACCCAGUGAACACAGUAGGUGGGAAGUCUGUGUCAUUUCUGUCAUUCCAUUGUACCAAACUGUUAGGUUUGUCCUUGCCUGUACUACAUUUUCUUCCUCAAGUCCCAUGGUCGGCUGUAAAUGUUUAGUCAGAGGAAAUCACUUUUCUUGAAAAUACUGAACAUAGCUGUAUAGGUUUGUGAUUAUUCUAGAAAGUAUGUUAAUAAAAUUUCUUGUAGUGGCUAAGUGUCACUUAAAAUA